AUGGCCCCAUUACCCGACCCCACGGUCGACCUCGACUGGUCUGGCUACGUCGGGUCGAUCCAAGAGCACUUCCGCGCCCAAGCCGAGGCGCAUCCCGAGCGGACUUGCGUUGUCGAGACCAAGUCGUCGACCACACCGGAGAGGAGUUUUACCUACGGCCAGAUCUACGAGGCGGCCAACACGCUAGCAUGGUACUUGCAUAACGCCGGCGUCACCAAUGGCGAUGUGGUCAUGAUCUGGGCCCAUCGUUCCGUCGACCUGGUUGUGGCCCUAAUGGGUAUCUUGGCUUCCGGUGCGACCAUGACCGUGCUCGACCCUGCAUACCCCCCGGCCCGGCAACAAAUCUACCUCGAAGUGUCCCAGCCACGUGCCCUGCUCCGAAUCGGGCGGGCCACCGACGAGAAUGGGCCCCUAGCACCCCUGGUCCAGAAGUACAUUGACGACGAGCUCCAACUCAAGACCGAUGUCCCCGACCUGAGGUUGCGUGACGAUGGCGUGCUCUCCGGUGGUGAAGUCGACGGCCAGGAUAUCUUUGCCAGCGUAAGGCAGCAGGCAUCCUCACCACCAGACGUCGUUGUUGGGCCAGAUUCAAAUCCCACGCUCUCCUUCACGUCUGGUAGCGAGGGCCGUCCCAAGGGCGUUCUCGGCCGGCAUUACAGCCUAGUCAAGUACUUUGGCUGGAUGGCGGAGCGCUUCCACCUCUCUUCAGAGAGCCGAUACACCCUUCUCUCCGGCAUUGCCCACGACCCCGUGCAGCGUGACAUCUUCACCCCGUUGUUCCUCGGCGCACAACUGCUGGUGCCCUCUCGGGAAGAUAUCCAGCACGAGAAGCUGGCGGAAUGGAUGCGUGAACACAACCCCACCGUCACUCACUUGACCCCAGCCAUGGGGCAGAUCCUCGUCGGCGGCGCCACAGCCGAGUUCCCAAGCCUCGAGCACGUGUUUUUCGUCGGUGAUGUUCUGACCACCAGAGACUGCCGUGCUCUCCGGCGGUUGGCCAUAAAUGCCAACAUCAUCAACAUGUAUGGUACAACCGAGACUCAAAGAGCAGUUAGCUAUUACGAGAUCCCGAGCCGUGCGAGAGAUGCCGAUUAUUUGGACCGACUGAAGGAUACCGUGCCGGCUGGACAGGGCAUGCAGAACGUCCAGCUGCUGGUGGUCAACCGGGAGAACCGGACCGAGAUGUGUAAGGUCGGCGAGGUGGGCGAGAUCUUUGUCCGCGCUGCGGGGUUGGCUGAGGGCUACCUUGGAGACCCAGCCUUGAACGAGCAAAAGUUUCUCUCCAACUGGUUCGUCGACAAUCAGACGUGGGUGGAAGCAGACCAAAAGAUCGCCAAGGACGAGCCCUGGCGACGAUACUACAAGGGACCGAGAGACCGCAUGUAUCGGACCGGAGAUCUCGGCCGGUAUCUCGAGUCCGGGGAUGUGGAGUGCGUGGGCCGAGCCGACGACCAAGUCAAGAUCCGCGGCUUCCGCAUCGAGUUGAACGACAUCGACAGCAACUUGAGCCAAAACCCACUCAUCCGCGACUGCAAGACGCUUGUGCGGAGAGAUCGUAACGAAGAACCGACCCUGGUCAGCUAUAUUGUUCCCGAGAACAGGGAAUGGGUGCGCUGGCUGCAAGACCGGGGCUCAGCCGAUGUAGAAGACGAGGGUGUCGAGAUGGGUUCUGUGACCGUCUUCCUGAAGAAGUACCGACGAAUGCAGACUGAGGUGCGCGACCACUUGAAGACACGCCUGCCGACAUAUGCGGUGCCCACCAUCUACAUCGUUCUCAACAAACUGCCCCUGAACCCCAACGGCAAGGUCGACAAGCCCAACCUUCCCUUCCCCGAUGUUGCCGAGCUUGUGGAGGAUGCGUCCGAGGAAGAGCUGAAGAGCUGGGAGUCUCUCACCGAGAUAGAGCAGACCGUAGCGCAGCUCUGGGCUGAUGUCAUCCCCGGUCUGAACCCGAAGUCGGUUCGCAGGGAGGUCGGCUUCUUCGAUCUCGGCGGCCACAGUUUGCUUGCACAGCAGUUCCUGCUGACGAUCCGCAAGAGCCUGGGGACCGAUGUGCCCAUCAUGACGCUUUACGAACACCCCAGCCUGGCUGGGUUCAGUGCGCAGGUGGACAAGCUUCGGAACAACGACACAACCCCCGUAGGCCCCGAGGCCGGCGAGGCUGCAUAUGCCAAGUCUCUAGAUGAGCUGUUGGGCCACCUUCCUGAGAAGUACCAGUCGGCGAAUGGCGACGCGCUGGGUUCGGCCGAGCAGGUGACCGUUUUCUUGACGGGCGCUACCGGCUUCCUGGGUUCGUAUCUUGUCAAAGACGUUCUCGAGCGCACCGCCCGGAAUGUCAAGCUCGUUGCGCACGUUCGAGGUGUGAAGGACCCAGAAGCUGCUCUGGCACGUCUCCAGAGGUCUCUCCAGGGCUACGGUCUGUGGAAAGACGAGUGGGUCGGUCGGCUCACAGCCAUCGUCGGUGACCUCUCCAAGCCCCAACUCGGUAUCGACGAUGCCACGUGGAAGACAUUGACCCAGGAGGUAGACGUCGUGAUUCACAACGGCGCCACCGUCCACUGGGUCAAGCGUUACCAAGACAUGAUGGCUGCCAACGUGCUGUCCACUGUUGACGCGAUGUGUCUGUGCAACGAGGGCAGGCCCAAGGUGUUCUCCUUCGUCAGCUCCACGAGCGUACUGGACACAGACCACUACAUACACCUAUCCGACCAGCAGACCAGUACCGGCCAGGGGGCCAUCAUGGAGGCCGACGAUAUGGAGGGCAGCCGGUCUGGGCUGGGUACCGGCUACGGUCAAACCAAGUGGGUAUCCGAACAGCUCGUGCGUGAAGCCGGACGCCGUGGCCUGGUCGGGUCCGUCGUGCGGCCGGGCUACAUCCUCGGCGACUCAGAAACGGGUGUGUGCAACGUGGACGACUUUUUGAUCCGCAUGCUCAAGGGCUGCAUCCAACUCUCCUCACGCCCCCACAUCAUCAACACCGUCAACGCUGUGCCCGUCAACCACGUAGCCCGGGUCGUCGUCGCCUCCGCCCUGAACCCCCUCCCCGCCAGCCAAGACAGCAAGGGGACCAACAACAACGUCCACGUAGUGCACGUCACGGCCCACCCACGCCUGCGCAUGAGCGAGUACCUCUCAAUCCUUGAAUACUACGGCUUCGCCACGCCCGAAGUAUCCUACGACGCCUGGAAGGCCGACCUCGAGCGGUUCGUGUCAGCCGGUGCCCUCGAAAAGGACCAGGAACAGCACGCGCUCAUGCCGCUAUACCACUUCUGCAUGAACGACCUGCCGGCCAACACGCGCGCGCCCGAGAUGGACGACCGCCACGCCGUGGCCAUCCUCAAGGCCGACGCCGACCGCUGGACGGGCGUGGACGAGAGUACGGGACAAAGUGUGGGACGGGAGGAUGUGGGGCGGUAUUUGGCGUAUUUGGCGGAGAUUAAGUUUGUGGCUGGGCCACCGGCGGCAGAAGGUGGGAGGAAGGGCCGGCAGUUGCCGGCGUUGCGGCCGGAGGUGUUGGCUGCGUUGGCUGUUGGGGGGACUGGAGGGAGGGGUGCGGUGGUUUAA